UACGAAGCAGGCAAGUUGUACAGUUUAAGUUGAAAGUAUUGUGAAUAUUGUGAAUUAAUUAUAUAGCCACGAUAAGUGAAAAGUUCUCUGCGAAUUUUAUUUUCCAUUCUUUAUCACUCGAGUGCCUUUAUCUCAUUUACCGUACCCCGUACUCGAUUUUCAUUAACAAAUUGGAAUCGAAAAGUUCUGGCUUUGUUUCAAGAUCAAGUUGCAUUCAAUUAUCUGUAAUGAAUCGAUUGAGUUUUAUUGUACUUCCACUAAUUGUUGUUGCCAUGCUACCAUGUCCGAAUUCAGCAGCACAGAAACCAACAUCAAUUGCAGAUAAAAUUGAGCCAAUAACUUCCGAAAGACAACAAAAAUUACAGCAGCUUCAACAGCAACAACAACAACAGCAGCAACAAGCGAUGCAAAAUUCAUUAUCGAAUCGUUCUCCAUUUUUGGACACUUUAUUUAAUAUUCCAAUCCAAACACUACGAGCUGUGAAUGAGUUAGUACAAGGAAUUGCUGGUGGUGUGCAGGGAAUUGUAGCAGCAACACAACAAAGGCCUGCUCCAUAUCAGUACCAACAGCGACAGUAUGAGGAUUUGAAUGGAAUUUAAUGAUUGAAUUUUCAUCUCCACAUUAUUGAAAAGUGCAUUUUCAACACCUUACCUAUUCCACACAUCAUAGCAUGUUCUGUGUAAAUAAUAUUAU